UUUUUCUUUUUUUCCCCCUCGGUCUUCCGCUUUACUCGAGGCGCUAAUAAGCUAACAGGCUAGGCCUGCUGCUCAAACGAGCGGCGUGAAAUCUUCUGCAAGCGGUUUUUUGUUGAGUUUUAGCUGUAAAAAGGGAUAACAGAGUGUUGGACUUAAACAAGAAGAAAUUUGAAAUGGGAGACCCUGCUUUUCAUCGAGACUGUCCCCUCGACUGCAAGGUUUAUGUCGGGAAUCUGGGAAACAAUGGAAAUAAGACGGAGUUAGAAAGAGCGUUUGGUUACUAUGGUCCUCUAAGAAGUGUUUGGGUUGCCAGGAAUCCCCCAGGUUUUGCUUUUGUAGAGUUUGAAGAUCCCAGAGAUGCCUCAGAUGCUGUGAGAGAAUUGGAUGGCAGAACCAUGUGUGGCUGUCGAGUACGCGUUGAGUUAUCCACUGGAGAAAAGCGUUCCAGGAGCCGUGGCCCUCCUCCAUCCUGGAGCCGAUACCCUCGAGAUGAUUUUAGGCGACGCAGUCCUCCUGUUAGACGCAGAUCACCAAGGAGACGGAGCCUCAGCCGCAGCCGCAGCAGGUCUGUUUCAAGAGAUAGACGCAGAUAUCGGUCUGCUUCCAGAGAGAAGAACCGUAAGCGCUCAAGAUCCUUCUCACGAUCUAGGAGUCGUUCCCGGUCUAAUGAGAGGAAAUGAAGAUCUUGGAAAGCUCAUCUACCGGCUUAUGCUAUGGUUACAAAAAAGUACAUUUUUAUAGUCAUUUCUUUUUAGAUUUUGUUGGGUAGCUCAUGGCAAUUUAAGGUUGGCCAUGUUAGGGUCUUAAUGGUCUGUUGAAUGAUCAAGAAAGGUGUAAACUGUUUUUUUGUUUUUUUUGUUUUUUGUUUUGUUAAAUUCUGUCUUGCCCUGCAUGCUUUGAAAAUGAGUACUUGGUUUUACUACUUUUUUUAAACCUGUUUAAAGUCAUCAUUUCAUUUUCUUUCCUAUUUUUUUUGGUUUGGUUAUUUAUUUUAUUAUUCUUGCUCGGGUUACUGUGACAUGGUAUAGAGGGAGUGGUGUGUUUGUUUUUUUUGGUUUUUUUGGUUUUUUUUUGUUUUUCUCAUACCAGUAACAGAAAAGCAGACUCUUAACAAAUGCUGUAAAUAUGGUGCUGUUAUUGUAGUCUAUCCCUAAAACAUGAUCAUCUGUAAUAAAUUUUUUUAAAUGCCUUCCUUUGCGAAAGAAAGCAUUAACUAGAUUCUUUUUUUCUUUUCUUUUUUUCUUUUUUUUUUUUUUUUUGAAUGUCUGAGCUCCAACAACAUGUACUGAUACAGUUUAACAUCUUGUUCAAUAAAUGUUUUUCCAAGGUGA